CGUGCGUUCGCCAGGCCCGCCGGCCACGGACGGCGAUGCUGAAGGCCAAGAUCCUCUUCGUGGGACCCUGCGAGAGCGGGAAAACGGUCCUGGCCAACUAUCUCACCGAAUCUUCUGACAUCACUGAGUACAACCCCACCCAAGGAGUGAGGAUCCUGGAGUUUGAGAACCCCCAUGUCUCUGGCAACAACAAGGGCGCCUGCGAAUUUGAGCUGUGGGACUGUGGCGGUGACCCAAAGUUCGAGUCCUGCUGGCCGGCGCUGAUGAAGGACUCCCACGGCGUGGUGAUCAUCUUCAACGCCGACACGCCGAGCCACCUGAAGGAAGUCGAGAUGUGGUACUCGUGCUUUGUCCAGCAGCAGCUCUUACAGGAUGCCCAGUGUCUCCUAAUUGCCCACCACAAGCCAGGCUCCGGAGGGGAGAGAGGACACCUGUCUUUACCCUCACCCAUGAACAAGCUGAAGCUGGUGCACUCCAAUCUCGAGGAGGACCCUGAGGAGAUCCGGCUGGAGUUCAUCAAGUACCUGAAAAGCAUCAUCAACUCCGUGUCUGAGAGCAGGGACCGGGAGGAGAUGUCCAUCAUCACCUGACGGCCCGUCUCUGGGGCGCUCCUGCAUCCCACAGGAAGUGGGCGCCUUCCCAGCUCGUGAUGUCUCCUUUCCCCUGUGCCCAGAGAAGACCUCCUCCUCC